GCAUGACAUAAUGGGGGGCCGCAAGGGGUAGUUCACUUCAGAUUUGCAUUGUCCUCAUUCGCAGGGCGCUAGGUUUAGGAAUCGUGUGAACUGUAUUGCAUGCUGAUCAUGAUGUAUUAUCACGUUUCGUCUCGUCUACCCAAUGCUAAACAUUAAGCAAAACGUCGCCAUACAUGUGGAAUAACAACCUUAAACAUGAAGAAGAAAGUCAGUCCACCUCAUCAGAAAAAAGUGAAGGAUAUCGGCAGCGAAGAAACACAAGGGGCGACAUCUAUCGAUGCGUGUGACUCCAUUAAAGACUCUUCAGAAGAAAAGAUGCAUCUGAGACUAUCCCAAACCGAUGGCUGUUUCUUGAAGUUCUUGAACGAAGACCGCCAGAGGCUGCCAUCAUUCUGUGACGUGACCGUCACGGUCCGUGGGAAGAUGUAUCGCGCCCACAAAGUGGUUUUGGCUUUUGGCAGCGGCUACUUUCAUGCCAAGUUCAGCGAAAACCCUGAACUGCAGCAUGUCACCAUUGAUAACACUGAGGUCUCCACCUUUGGGCAUUUGCUCGACUUCCUGUACGCGUCUGAAUUUGAAGUCACCGAAAGCCAGAUUCCUGCUCUGGCGGAGGCUGCCUGUUUUCUGGACAUGAUGGAAGCGGUAAACCUUUUAGCAAAGCGGGCGACUUCAGCCGAUCUUGAUGAAGAAUGCGAUGUCCAUCGGGCUCCAGCGGAGACCGCAGAUGCUCAGACUUCAGGAGGAGCUCAGUGCUCUUUCUGCAGUCGCACCUUCUGCUAUAAGAAGUCUCUGGAGAAUCACCUGGCUAAGACGCACAGCGCCGGGUGCCAGGUUGAGGAAGAGCAAAACAUGGCGGUCAUCACACGCAGAUCCGGCCGUCAGAGGAGGACCCCUGCUAAGUUUGAGAGCAGAGAGAGCGAAAAUGGCCCCGUCCUGUCUGGUAAGCCUGGUCAAAAAACUCUAAAGGAUGAUGCUGCUGCUUUUGAGGAGGAGGAGGAUGAGGAUGAAAGUGAGGAGGAGCUGCAGAAUGAGCCGGAAGAGCAAGGCGGUAAAGAGGGGCGAGAAGAAACGCUCGAGGAGGCGGAACGUGAAGACGCUGAGAAGCAGCAGGAGGAGGAGCGUGCGGCUGAGCUCGGUGAAGCUCGGGAGGAGAACGGACCCACAUCCAGCCGUGCUGUUGAGGAGCACAGCCAAGCCACGGAGGUCACGGGUCACGUGUUUCCUGAAGGACUGGCGCCUGUCGUCAUCCAGAGCGCUAACAAAAAGACUCUCAAGUGUCCUAAAUGUGAGAAGACCUUUGAUCGCAUAGGCAAAUAUGAGAGUCACACCAGAGUACAUACCGGAGAAAAACCAUUCCAGUGUGACAUCUGUCUCCAGUGCUACUCCACCAAAUCAAACCUCACCGUGCACAAGAAGAAACACGACAGUGAUUCGCCGGUCCAGAAGAAAGAGCACAAGUGCCCCUUCUGCAACAAGCUUCAUGCCAGCAGGAAGACUCUCAGCAGGCAUGUCAAGAGAUUCCAUCCUGACCACCUCCAGGAGUUUCUUUCUCAGAAGAAGAAGAAAAGCGAAGGCUGGAAAUGUGAUAUCUGUCACAAGUCCUUCAGUCGUCGACCCCAUCUGGAGGAGCACAUGAUCUUACAUACACAGGACAAACCCUUCAAGUGUGCCUACUGCGACGACUACUUUAAGUCACGAUUUGCCCGGUUAAAGCACCAGGAAAAAUUCCAUUUAGGACCCUUCCCUUGUGACAUCUGUGGGCGCCAGUUUAAUGACACGGGCAACCGCAAACGUCACAUAGAGUGCACACACGGGGGCAAGAGGAAAUGGACCUGCUUUCUGUGUGGCAAAUCUGUUCGAGAGAGGACAACCCUCAGGGAGCAUCUGAGGAUCCAUAGCGGGGAAAAACCUCACUUGUGCAGCAUCUGCGGACAAAGUUUCCGUCACGGAAGCUCCUACAGGCUUCACCUUCGUGUUCAUCAUGAGGACAAGCGCUACGAAUGUGACGAAUGCGGCAAAACGUUCAUCCGCCAUGAUCAUCUUAAGAAACACAAAAAAAUUCACACUGGAGAGAGAGCGCACCAGUGUGAAGAGUGUGGGAAAUGCUUCCGACGUGCAGAUCACCUGACUGUCCAUUACAAAAGCAUUCACCUCGGAGAGAAGAUCUGGCGAAGGUAUAAAGCAGUGGUGCAUCAAUGUCAGGUGUGCAAGAAAGAGUUCAGGGGGAAGACCAACCUCAUGUCGCAUUUCAGAACACAUUCAGGUGAGAAACCUCACCGGUGUGUGAUCUGCAACCAGACCUUCCGCAUCAAGAAGACUUUGACCAAACACAUGGUCAUUCACUCAGACGUACGUCCUUUCAACUGCCCGCACUGCAGCGCUACCUUCAAGCGCAAGGACAAGCUGAAGUACCACGUGGAUCACGUGCACAGCGGCCGCCCGCUCGAGCAGCAGCCCUCCGCCAGCAAACUGACCGAGCCCAAACCCUACCACAGCUCGCCCAAGACCGUGCUGCAGAGCGUCGCGGCUGACGUUUGCGUCCCUGUGACACUCGUCCCCGUCCAGAUGGCCGAGGAGAGCGAUCUGGCCGUGCACGGGACGCCACAUGGGGUCCUUCCAGCUGUGAGCCAGCAACAGCAGACCGGAUACCAGUCCGCCACCGACCUGGUGUUCUUAGAAAAGUACACCCUCACGCCUCAGCCGACCAACAUCGUGCACCCGGUGCGGCCCGACCAGAUGCUGGACCCUCGAGAGCAGUCUUAUCUGGGAACGCUCUUGGGACUGGACUCGGCCACAGCUGUGCAAAACAUGUCUAGCGCCGAGCACACUCAUUAAUUCACAGCGCACGCUCUUAAAAAUAAAGAUUCUUCACAGCGAUACCGUAGGCGUAGAGCGUUGGUCUCAAACUCGAUUCCUGGAGGGCCACAGCUCUGCACAGUUGAGCUCCAGCCCUAAUCAGACACACCUGAUUCAGCUGAUUGAAGAUCACUAGAAACGGAAACGGGUGUGAUUUGGAUCUGGUUGGAGCUAAACGGUCAGAGCUGUGGCCCUCCAGGAAUCGAGUUUGAGACCAAUGCCAUAGAAGAAGCAUUUUUGGUCCCACAAAGAACCAUUCAGUCAAAGAAGCACGAUCUGAACCUUUUGUGAAGCAGAAAUGUUCUACAGAUGUCCUUUAAGGAACCACUUGGACAAAAGAUACUUCUAUGGCAUCGUGAAGCACCUUUAUUUUUAAGAGUGCAUGCAUCUUUUCGUAAGAUUAAUUCGUUUUGAUCAUCAGUCUUUGUGCUGUUCUUAAAAUGCUGCAUGUUGGUUCUAGACAAACUCAUGAAAAAAAUUGAAGGACAUGAAGUGGAAUAAAUACAGAUUUAAAAAAAAAAUAAUUACUCUUAUAUCUAAGGUAAAAUUACGACUGAACUUUGUACAUGAAGUAAGUGUGUGUGUGUGUGUGUGUGUGCGUGUGAGAGAGAUAUUCUCUGAUAAUUCCAUCCAUGAACCCCCGUUUAUAAAGUCGACCUGGAAAUAUCCUGCAGUUGGUGUGUGAAUGAAUGAAUAGUUUCUGAAUCCACCAGCCCAGACCAAAGUUUCUUUGUGUUUCUGUAAAUAAAGCACCGUGGAACACUGA